AUGCUCGACGUGACUUGCAAAGGCACCCCCUACGAAGCCAAGAAGCAAGUACAUGGCAGUAUUGCAUUCUACGACACACUCUUCCAAUCCUCAGCACAGCUGCAAUGGCCCGAGGUGCGCACGAAAGCAGACCAGUUCCUCGGCCAUGCCGAAACCAACUACCCGCGUUACUAUGAGGAGAUGAAAGGCAUCGCCGACGGGGCAGAAGUUCCCUUGGUGGACAUCAUGGCUCUCAAUGCCCGCAGCGAGAUCACGUUUGGACUCUUUGUGGAGACCAAGAAACAAGUCGACAGCGAUGGAUGUACCUCGAUGGCGUUGAAGACGGCGCAGACUACCUUCAUCAGCCAGAAUUGGGACUGGAUGCAGGAACAAAAGCCUAAUCUAAUUAUCUGUCGCGUCUCCCAGACCGGCACGGACCUGCCCGAUUUCCAAAUGGUCACCGAGGCUGGCAUCAUUGGGAAGAUUGGUUUCAACAAUGCUGGUGUGGGCUGUUGCUUUAACGCCAUUCGCGCGAGAGGGAUGGACCCGACACGCAUGCCGAUUCAUUUUGGGCUGCGGACUGUCCUGGAAUCUCGAUCGAAGGAUCAGGCCAUUGCAACUCUCAGACAGCACGGGCUUGCAGGGAGUGCCCAUUUGCUGAUUGGAGACAAGAAUGGUGCUGUUGGCCUCGAGUGCUCACACGUGGGGUUCCAAGAGAUCCAUGCCGAUAAUCUGGGACGUGUAUGCCAUGCGAACAAUUAUAUCGCACAACACGAAAAUGUGUGUGAAUCUAUGUGGCUACAAGACUCGCCGGUCCGGACAGCGCGGAUGCGCGAGCUGGUCAAUCCCGAAGUGAUGAAGCAGCCCAGUUGCUCCUCAAUCCGAGAAUUAUACAAGGACGAGACGGGACUACCCGGCGCCAUAAACCGCAAACAAGAAGGUUCCAGCCGCAGUGCUACCUUGUUCAAUGUCGUGUUCGACUUGGGGUCCAAGGAGGGAGUUGUAACUAUGGGAAGACCUACAGAGCCGGAAGAAGAGAUCAAGUUUUCAUUUAACUAG